CUUACUUACCUACUACUCCGUAACUACACCACACCACACAACUCUACCCUAAUCUACAUCUAAACUUCUCAACCGUACCGAGUACACUGACUGCUUGUCACACUCCCUUCUCCCUGGCCUCACCCUAACCCUGCCCUACCCUGUCUUGCCCUGCAAUUAUACCCUACACCCUACCCGAUCGGCAGCGGGGAUCUCACUCUGAACCAAACCAUUCCACUUCUAUAUCUCCUCGAGCGCGCACGCCAUUGCUCUUGCCACGUCCCUCUUCUAAAUAGGGAAGAUUGGUCUACUCCGUCCUUCCUGCUCCGAAUACUCGUACACCUAGCUCGAGAGGACGCUCGUUUCGUGCGACCUUUGCUCGACCCACGUCUAGAGAGACCCAAGACCCGGCUCUCACUUCCCGCUUCUUAAAUCUUGGGUUCCAGAUUUUCCUAACCUAGCGGUCCUGUCGUCUCGCUGCUAUCUUCGCAUCGUCCAGCCCCAAUAUCAAACACCACCCACUACGCUUGAAUAGUUCACGAGGCGUCAGUGAGACUUUGUGGAGCAGCCCCCUCGACUGCUGCCCGUUUCCGCUCGAAGAUAGUCUUAGAGCGGCGUAUGUCUCAUACCCGUCCUGGUCUAUGAUUUCUGGGGGUAAAAGGCAAUCAAACACAGAAGUGUACAGGUCAAAGCAUCCGGGGAUCGUUGCCAAACGCCAAACCGGGUUCGAGGAGAAGCACAAGGUAUAGCAGAGAUCAAUUAUCAUCACGGAUUCAAAGCCUGACCCUCGUUCGUUUUCAUCAUCUCUUUUCUUAACAGCAUUCUGCGUCUACCAAGCGCUCUCCACGGGCAUCGUUUCGGCAGGAAAGACCAUUGGGAUUUCUGACAAACCAUCCAUCACGGACGCUCCCCUAACCACAAUAAUACAACUAUAACCUUCCGGCUUCUCCAUAAAGCCACUUAGGUGCGCCGCCUCAUCCACCUGCCUCUUACUUGUACGACCGUCACUGUCUCCCAACGCCCACCCCCUGGGCAGUCUCCAACUCAGCGCCACCGUACUUCCACAAAUCUCACACCCAUCACAGAAAGGGCAGCAGAUCACUUUAGCGGCAAGUCAACGCAUGAUCCAGCCGCUCUAAAAGCAAGUCACCCACAACACAGGCCAUCAGUUCCUGCUCCGGGAUUUCCAUUUACUUUUCUCAUCUGGAACCUGUUCAGUCUUAUUAUUUCACCCCAGAUAAUAUCAUCCAUCCCUUGGAGUAUGUGCAUCGUUAGGAGGGCGAGCAUCAAAUCCACUUAGACUGCGUCCCGCUAUUUUGACGCCCAGACCUCUUCGAGAAGGACCGUAUCUUCAUCUGGUCGUUUUCUGAUACAACUAUCCUUGAGAUCCCAAUCAAUUCUGAUAAACAUCUUUCAGACUUUGGAACUUACUUCUCAAAACGACAGCUCGACUUGUACCUUCCACCCCAACCCCACAUUGAAGAUACUUCUAUCAACCUUUCCUUCUCACUCGCCACGAUGGUCGCCAACAGAGGUGGUCCUCCAUUGUCGCAAGGAGGCUUUUAUCCCUCUAGGGAUACUCUGACUCGGAGUGAGGAUGUUCAAGAUAGGACACCAGCAUUUAUGCAUCCUCCCAUGCCGGCUUAUGGGAAUACGGUAUGGUCUUCAGUUCAGUCUUGUGUAUCAAUACUAAAUCAAUAAUCACAGUCCAUCGGAGAUGCAUUAAGGGAUUACGCCGGGAUUCCAGUGAGAGACUUUGUUCUUGCCUGCCGGCUUGAUAAUGGAGAAGAGAAGACCUAUCACUCGAAGUCUUUCAGGCCGUAUAUCUCGAAAGUGUUCACUGAACGCUUCAGACGGGAUUUCACUCAUUACAGUCACAGAGCGAGUGCAGAGAGGGGUUACACGGGUGCCGGUAAGCUUGAUAUCUACUCACAUCUGUUUCUUAUCUAACAACCUGUAGGUUAUGGACAGGAUGGCACAUACAAUGAGCUGGAAGUUGACAGCACGGAGGAUUACAGGAAGAUGGGUAGUGGUGGUGAACUGGCUCGCUCACAAUAUCGGCCGCGAUAUUCACGGUCAGAGGAUUCAAGUGAAGAGAUUCCAGGAUGCAAAAGAAAGCGAGGUCAUUAUUCUGGAAAUGAUGUUCCAAUAUCCAUCCCGACCCAGAAGACCGAACCGCUGGUUAUCGGACAAUCCGACAAAGUCGAGCAGUAUUACGUGGUUCGAUUCAAGGACAUGCAGCAAUCGUCUUGUAAAGUCAUGGGUAAAGCUUUUGUCAAAUUGGUUGAGCCCAAGAAGCAAACGCAUCACCCCUAUACAGGAGGCAACGCCGGGGCUCCUCCGUGGUGGCCGCCAACUAUUGGGGAGAAUCAUGUUAGGCACAAAGAGCCAGAUCAUCUUCUCAAACCCGGUACGUCUUCGUCCUCGAGAUCCUUCCGACUCACUUUUCUAACUGUCAUCAGAACGCAUUCGGCUCCUCGUUCAUAUUCUCCGAAUGAUCAUCCAGCCCCAAUCACAGCAAGUCUCUGCAGUAGCAAAGCAAGGGUUGAAUGUUAAAAAACUCGAAGAGGUAACUAUGGAGGCCAUGUCGAACUGGUUCUCAGACAAGGACCAUCCAGAAAACGCGGAGAAGAAACCAUUUUUGAAAGAAAUCUUCAAGGUCGCAAGAGAGGAGGAACGCUACAAGAAUGGAGAGAUAGGUAUGAUUGUAGUCUACAAAGGCAUUGAUGUCUACUGACUUUUGUAGAUGGCGACACCGCAAUCCCCGUAAUGUUUGGAGACCAGACUGGAGGCGAGGAAUCCGAUGUUGAUAACGACGCAGUGAACGAGGAAGAGGAGGCAGGUCAAGAAAAUGUAAUUGGCACCAAUAACUCCGCUACGCCCGAACUCGUCUCACCCCCAAUGAUGAUGCCACACCGUCAAUUCGAACCCGAACAACAAACACAUGGCAUAAUCCAGCAUCGCCCUCAUCCAACUUUGAUUCGCCCAUCUGCGCCGCAUUUGGAGGAUUCGUCGCCUUACGCUGAAACAUAUGGUCGCCAGAUGUCUAGCUUUCCACAGAGCCCGAGUUUGCAAGACCCAUACCGACCUCGAUAUGCACCUAAUGUCUCGCCUGGAUACCAGAGUCCUCAGCAAAACUUAUAUCCUACAUCAUGGCAGAAUCACGGAAUGAUGACUAGUGGGCCACUCACCACAAGCUACUGCGCAACGAGUUCACCUCAAUCGAUCACACCUCCAUCGACCCUUCAGUUACCAGCACUCUCCCAACAAGUUGCGUCCCACACCCAACAACUUACUUCAUACACGCAAGGCAUGCUACCACCGAGGAUGUCCAGCCAACCUUUCGAAAUGCCACACACGAGACAAUAUGACCCAGGGCCAGGAUUGGGAAACCAGAUGAGGAUGGGGGGUUUGAGCAAUCCUCACGCACAACAUACACAAAAUGGAUACAGCGAAUUUCUUCAUGAUGCAAAUUCAUACUCGCAGAACGAGUCUGAAAUGAAAGAGGGACAACAACAUCUUCGACCAUAAACCGUCGUGUUUCCAGGGCCAAUUAUUGUUAACUAAUUCGAAUAUAUUAUCGAGCAUCGGUGGUCAAAUUAUUUUCUAUAGCGUAUACCCUCCUUUGUCUCAUCUCCUAUUUCAACAUCCCAAAGAAAACAAAAAAGCGAACCGCGCAAAUGUUCCAUUCCUGGUUCUUCUAAUAGCCAAAAACAAGUACAUUACUUUAUCCCACGAGGACCAACAGCAUCAUGGGCAAAUGAUAUUCAUCCCGGGUUUUAUCUGCUACCUGUAUUUGGAAAUCCAACAACAGACUUUUGUUCAACUUUUAUUCGAUUUCAGCAAUAUCGAUACUCUCUCGUCAUCUUAUUACAGCGUUAUUCGAAAGUAUGCAAUCUACGUUUAUGUUUGUACGAUUCAACCCGUUAUUAAAUUCCGGAAAGGAGGCUAUUUCCAACAUUUUUAUUUUUAAAACCCCCCACCCGGUAUUUGCUAGUGCCUGCCUGCUUCCUUUGUUUUGUAGACAUCAUCACUCUUAGCGAGCAAAUGGGAAUGGGGAAAACGGGUGGCCACAGUCGAUUCAGUUCAAUUCUUAUGCGGUUUUCUUUUGUUGCUAUUCUUCUAAUAUUUUCUCUCUAUGGGCGCCAAUUUCUUUUGUAUGUAUCAUUUGUUUUUUGAUUUUUUUCGUUUGUUUUGUGUCUGUGGUGAAUAAGGGCAGUAUGAUGUUAUGGGGUGGCUUUCAAGUGUUGGGUAUUUUAUCCUGUGUGAAAAUGUUUUCCUCCCUCUCUCUUUUGUUUUGUAUGGAUGGAUAUGAAUUUAUCUGUGAGAUGGAUGGGAUGUGUGGGUUUAAAUACAUGAUACAAAUCUAAUGAUUGAGAAUAUAAAAUCCUUUGAUUUAUGAUUAUCACAACAUAUUCUAUGGUCACUUUAGGGGGUUUUCGUCUUUUUCGUUGGGUUGACCGUUGG